UUAAUGUUUAUUCUGCUUGCAGGUAAAAAUGAUUAUGGCAACAAACAGGCCAGAUGUUUUGGACCCAGCUCUUCUUCGCCCUGGUCGGUUAGAUAAAAAGAUAGAAAUACCCUUGCCUAAUGAACUAUCAAGAAUUGAGAUCCUCAAGAUUCAUGCUGCUGGAAUUGCCAAACAUGGUGACAUUGAUUAUGAAGCUGUUGUUAAGCUUGCCGAGGGUUUUAAUGGGGCUGAUCUUCGAAAUGUGUGCACUGAAGCUGGUAUAUCAGCAGUACGUGCAGAACGUGAUUAUGUCAUCCAUGAGGAUUUCAUGAAGGCUGUAAGGAAACUGAAUGAAGCAAAGAAACUUGAAUCAAGUGUGCACUAUACUGCCGAUUUUGGCAAGGAGUGAGGGAUUUUUGCCAUUGUGUGAUAUAACCAAACCUCAAAGGAGCUAUUGGACUGUUCCACAAUCUUAGUCUUUACAAUUGUAGUUACAUAUACUUGUAUUGUUCAUCCUCAGGAAUCAUGUAAAAAGCAAGUUUUAAGAGAGCAUUCGCCACAUGGUCAACUGUUUUGUUCGACGCGGAAUGCGGAUGCUUUGUUAGAUUUUUUUCCUUUAUAGUUUGUUAUGGAUGGUAAGGUGAAAGAUUGGACAGAGUAUUUGAUAUAAUUUGCGCAAUGCAGUUCGUGCGAUUGAAUUCUGAAA